GCCAGGAAGCUUACAAGAAGUAACCAACACUUCUGUGGAACACACAGUGGUCAAACUCAAUGACUGCACGUCUGGUGUACCUCUCUAUAUAGUACAUGAUGUAACAGGUACCUGUCUGUGUGCUGGUGACAUCAUAAGUGUGAUGUCAUUGUGGUCAAAUCUUUUAUCUCAUGGCAUUUUGUAGCUACACAUUUUAUGCCUUUAGUUAUUUCACCACUUCUAUUUAGAUAUUAACAAAUUCAAAUGUAUUAAAAAUUAUUGUUUUCCAUUUCAUGACCUUUGAUAGGAACUGUGGACUGUUUGAAGUGUCUAGCCCAAAGUCUUACAGUUCCAGUAUUUGGGAUACAGUGUAGCAGUCAGGCCCCAAUUACAAGUGAAGAAGGAAUCUCUGCCCUGGCAAGGUCUCGAUAAACAUUGUGUUCUUCAAAUAAUUAUCUUAUCUUUAAUACUUAACAUUUUAAUGACACAUAUUUUGCUACCACUGGUACUGUGUUUGAUCAUUAUUUUAACAGUUUCUAUAAAUUGACUUAAUGAAUAUAAAAAAACAUCUGUUUUUUCUUGCAGAUUCUACUUGAAGGAGAUCCGGGACAAAUCUUCACCUGGGCCACUCAGUCUGGGAGGCUAUUCCUUUGGGGCUGUUGUAGCCUAUGAAAUGGCUUCCAUUCUUGAGCGUACUGACAAGGACCUGGUAUGUUAUCAUUUCUGUGAACCCAUUGCUUGCAUCAAGCACAUCACAAAAGUAUCUUUAAUCUAUAUUCUUGAUACUUUGUAAACAUGACAUGAUCAUUACAUUUUAAUUGUUACAUUCUUGAUAGUAGUUGAUUUCAUCAAAGUAAACAUGAUAAUGAUAUCAUUACAUUUAGGUGUUUCAUUCUGCUUGCCAGUAAAUAAUGUUUAACUGGAAAUGUAAUGUUUGACCUUUGCCUCUUCUUAUCCAGCUUCACCAGGUUGUGUUUUUGGAUGGUUCACCUCACUAUGUGAUGUCAUGGGUGCAGCAUGAACUGAUGUUUGUUCCUAGCAAUAGAAGUCAUUAUGAGGUAAGACAAAAAGAACUUGACCAUCUUGAGGGGGAGCCUUUUUUGGACGGACGGUGACCCCUUUUCACAAGCUUUGCUCUUAAUUUGCAACUAAAUUAAUUUAUAAACAAAUUAAUUUAUUGCUUUGUAAAUGUUUCAAGGUCACAUAUUUUGUAAGCAUAUAUAGGGGUCACUAGGUUCCAAAAAAUUGACAUAAAAUGACAGAAGCCGCCAUGAAAAUGACGAGAUGAGCAAAAAAUGCAAGAAGCAAUCUGAUUAGCUGGUACGAAGACCAGCCAGCCAGCCAAUCUCUAGGCUUGCAUUUCUGAGCUGAUAGUUCGGCCUCUCGUCUUUUUGGCCAUAUCACUCUGGGCCAAUAGAUUGCCCCAGCCAUCUUAUUGGCCAUAACACUUUGGGCCAAUAGAUCGGCCCGGCCGUCUUGUUAGCUAUAUUACUCUGCUCCAAUAGAUCGACGCGGCUAACUUAUUGGCCAUAACACUCUGGGCCAAUAGAUCGGCCUGGAUGUCUUAUUGGCCAUAACACUGUGGGCCAAUAGAUCGGCCUGGAUGUCUUAUUGGCCAUAACACUUUGGUCCAAUAGAUCGACCCGGCCGUCUUAUUGGCCAUAACACUCUGGGCCAAUAGAUCGGCCUGGAUGUCUUAUUAGCCAUAACACUCUGGGCCAAUAUAUCAGCCUGGCUGUAUAGAUCGGCCCAGCCGUCUUAUUGGCCAUAACACUCUGGGCCAAUAGAUCGGCCUGGAUCUCUUUAAUAGGGUUAACACUUUACCAGGUAGAGCAGCCAAAAACUACGUAAAGGGCAAUAGCGUCCGUGACAGCUAAGAGUUUUAAACACGCGAUCUGAGUCUUUGUGAGACUUUCGAUUGUUAACAUCCGGUUUUUCCGCUAGCUGUAUAGAGUGGGCGCCAGUUACAAGUAUUUCAUCAAAUUUUUUUGUAGUUUUCAGGAUUUUAAUGCUUUGUUUUUCAAAAUGGAUUUUGACGAUUUUUCAAGGGAUAGCGGAGAUUUUGCUGGAUUCAGUUUAAGUGACAUUGAAGUGCACAAAUUGACUAUAAAUUGGAACUAGAGAUUAAUAUUAUUAGCAAUAUUAGUCAUAAUUAGUGAAAUCAGCGUAGUAGGCAGUGUUGAAUUGUACACACUUCGAUUUCGUGGCAGUGUUUGUAAAUAGUAAAUAGAUGACUCACAAACAAUAUGUUGUUUUUUGCAAAUAUUUGUGUUCAUAUGAGGAUUAAUGGCAACAUGUGAGUAAAAUAAUAAAUCUGCAUUCAUUUUCCUUUAUUUUGCUUUUUAUUUCACACAAAUUUGUGUACUAACACCUUUGCUUUGAAGUUUUUACUAACGUUACCCUAAAUCUUACUAAAAACCGGAAAAAUGUUGCCCGUUCAGAACUAGCAAGAGGAAGAACGUCUGCCCCGUAAAGGAUUAAAGAAAACCUGAGAAAAUAACUGAGCUACUCUUGGCUAAGAUUUGGUUUCACUCAGUAUUGCCUCCCUUGCAAUCCUCAGAGAUUCCUUGUUGCUGUGCUGCUGUCUUUCAUCAGGCUCUAUCUGCCAGAUUUCUCCACAUCACAUGCUGCAUCUCUCCUGGCCAGCCUGACCAGUUGUGAGCAACAAAUCGUAAUGGCUGUG